GUGGAGCUGUGUCCCAAGUGGCGGUGCUUUGAACUCAAUACAAGCUGCAUUACACAUCAGUAACAUGGGGCAGGUUACCUUCUCAAGCACAUGUCUGUCUUGUGUUCCACUUAUCUGGUACAAGGACACGGAUCAUGUCCAUACUGUGCAUUCCUGUCUCUGCCUCUGUGUGUCUGUGUUCCCGUCUCUGCCCCUGUGUGUCUGUGUUCCCGUCUCUGCCCCUGUGUGUCUGUGUUCCUCACUGGGUCUCAGGCUGUCUGUAUUCUAUCUGUGUUUCUGUAUGUCUGUGUUCCCCUCUGAGCCUCAGGGUUUCAAUCCUCCCAUUUGGGCCUCCAGGAGUCUGUGUUCUAUCUGUGUUUCUGAAUAUCUGUGUUGCCAUCUCUGCCUUUGUGUGUCUGUGUCCCUGAGUGCACAGCUGCUGCUUCCUCAGACCCCCAAAACGAUCCCGAAAGCUUCCCUGAUGACCCGGGUCCUGGUGAGGAGGCCCCGCCCCCCAGAGACAGGCAGACAGACGGUCCGGAUCACUGUGGCCAGGCCUGUGCCACAGGGGAGCUCCAUGCUGCCGCUGGACUCUACAGAAGCUGGCGGUCCUCGUUUUGAUACCCGAGGCAUGGUCCUGCCACACAGCAUCCUAGGAACCCUGGAGAACUUUAAACAGGAUAUGGAGGCCAGAGGAGAGCUGGAGCUGGUGAAACGGGUGCCGGCCUCCUUAGGAGUACGCCCCCUGGUGAAAGUGGUGCAGAAAGGCAGCCCCGUUAAGCAGCACUGUCCCCUGGACCCACAGAGCCAAGCCCUGCAUCACUGGGAGCAUCACAUGGUUGAGCGGCGGCGUCAACAAGACUUUCUCUCCCGACUGCUUCAUAAACCAGUGCAGACGCUGUUGAUGACCCAGUCUGACUGGUUGAGAGAGACCCAGGAGAGGCGGGAGCUGAUCAGCCGUGGGCUGCCUGCCCUGUGCUCUGGCCAGGGCUACCAUGUGGGCAGUGGGUUCUGGAAGCUUCCUCAGAAUAUCGGUGAUGAGUUUAGUGGUAUUACCAGCACCCUGACCCGGAGGGAAAGGGGCUAUCCAGAGCCCAUCACUCGCAUUGGCCAGCCACGGAGGAUACGUUUGGAAACAGGCAACGCACUCCCAGAGGUCUCCCCUUCUGCCUGCCGGACCUGGGCCCACAGCCUGUACCUGCAGCACCGCUGGCAAGAGCUUGGGGAGCUUCUCAUGGACCAGGGCUUCACACAGCCAGAGAUAGAUGGUCUGGAGGUAAUCGGGAGAAAUCAGGUGUUCUCUGCUGACACUGCAGAGUGCUGCUCCCUAAAUGAAGGCAAGAGGGAGCAGGCAGAGGAGGAGAAAGAAACAGUGAAGAGGGAGAACAGUGCGGAGCUGAAGAAUCCCCCGGCACAAGAUGAUGACAUCACUCCAGACACGGUGCUUGUUCCAGUACUGCACUUCUGCGGGCACCGUGCCUGCUGGACUGGCAGCUCACCCUCGCACCAGGGGGCGGUGGGCGUCACUGGUCAGCUCAGCUUCGAAGCACCUAUAGGGCAGAAGACCUCCUCCUACCUGGAGCUGCAUAAUGAGGGCAGUACAGCCAUCUACUACUACUGGAGGCGCCAGGCCCUGCGGCACAGCUUCAGGGAGGCUGAUGGACAUGGCUACAGGGAGACUGGCGGGCAUGGGCGUGGGCAGAGCUUCUACUUCAACAGCAACACGGGCAUCAUCCUGCCCGGCGAGAUGCAACGGAUCCUCUUCACUUUCAAGUCGACCACGGCCGGCAUCUUCCAUGAGGCGUGGUGCCUGAAUACACACCCAGUUCUGCUCAGCGGGGCCUCGCUGCAAGUGACGCUGAGCGGGGUGGCCUUCCACCAGGAUGAGAAUGUGCAGCAGAGGGCCACUUUAGAGCGGGGGCUCCUGCAGAAGGAGGCGGCCUCGGUGUGCAGGCUACUACUGUCUGAGCUCCUGCAGGGGGCGCACUCCCCAGAGAGGCCCGACUCCCCUGCUGAGCACCACCUCACAGAGGAAGGCUGCUUCUGCAGGGCCAACCCUCAGCUGCAUUACCAGCAGGGGGCCGUGCAGAUGCUGAGGGAGCUGUGGGAGCAGGUGGCUCCUCGAGGGGGCGACCCCCACCACCACGCCCCGGCUUGGGACCUCUCUGUGCCCAGCCUCAGACAGACCCUGCUGGCUAUGCCAGAAGGAGAGAGGGAGGGCACAGUGCAGAGGCACAAGGAGAAUGCCCUGGCCUGCUUCAACACCUUGGUACUGGAGCUCCAGCAGUUUCAUGAGCGGCCCCAGGCCCUAUCGCCAUACACCAUCGGGCUGCAGCUGUGGAGGGAGCUGUUAGACAAAAUGGUGAGUGAAGCCUUGUGGCAGAGGCACCUGCUUAAACUUCCAUACAGGGACGCCUGGGCAGACAGCAGGCUGGAUCCCGCUGGCUUCAACGUAAAGAAGGAGGACAAUUCAGAAAAGAAAGGAGGGAUUUCAGUAGAAGAGGAGGAGAAAAAAGGAGCAAUGAAGCAGCCAGGGAAUGACAGGCCCACAGAGGAGCAGCUCUCCAGUAAGAGGAAAGGCCAAGAUGAGAAGCAUCACAGGAUGCUGGGUGAGGAGGUGCUGUCAGGAGGAAGAAGCUUGAAGUGUGACCUUGUGGAAAGCCAAGAGGAACUUCAGGAGCAGUACCGCCAAAAACUGUACCAGCAGACCUACUCACUGUUGGAGGAGCUGGUGGACUCUCUGUGUGAGCUACUGGAUGAAACACAAAGCUCCUGAGCACAAUAAAGUCCUCCUAAUAAAUCAAGUGUGAUUGUCUACAAAUAAAC